CUGCAGUGCUCUAUAUACUCUCGGGAGGAGAGACACUCGCCCUCUUAGUCUGCCGGCCAGGAGAAGGGAAGGAGUGCUGGAGAGGAGUGUUGUGUGCUAGGCGAUAAAAAAGCACCACUAAACUCUCAAGUUUUGAACAUCUGACAGCAAAAGAUGUCUAAAGGACCAGCAGUAGGCAUAGAUCUGGGCACCACAUACUCCUGUGUGGGCAUCUUCCAGCAUGGCAAAGUUGAGAUCAUUGCCAAUGAUCAAGGAAACAGGACCACGCCCAGCUAUGUUGCCUUCACAGACACUGAGAGACUGAUUGGAGAUGCUGCCAAGAACCAGGUGGCCAUGAACCCAGCCAACACUGUAUUUGAUGCUAAGCGUCUGAUUGGUCGAAAGUUUGAUGACCCUGUGGUGCAGUCGGACAUGAAGCACUGGCCCUUCAAGGUUGUGAAUGAUUCAUCCAAACCCAAAGUGGAGGUUGAGUACAAGGGUGAAAUAAAGACCUUCUUCCCAGAGGAGAUUUCCUCAAUGGUUCUCACCAAAAUGAAGGAGAUCUCUGAGGCUUACCUUGGAAAGGCUGUGACUAAUGCAGUUGUCACAGUUCCUGCCUACUUUAAUGACUCUCAGCGUCAAGCCACCAAAGAUGCUGGAACCAUUUCUGGACUUAAUGUACUGCGGAUCAUCAAUGAGCCCACGGCUGCAGCCAUUGCUUAUGGCCUGGACAAAAAGGUUGGCAGUGAGCGUAACGUCCUCAUCUUUGACCUUGGAGGUGGUACUUUUGAUGUGUCGAUCCUGACUAUUGAAGAUGGCAUCUUUGAGGUCAAGUCCACAGCCGGCGACACUCACUUGGGCGGGGAAGACUUUGACAACCGCAUGGUUAACCAUUUCAUCGCUGAGUUCAAGCGCAAGUUCAAAAAGGAAAUCAACAACAACAAGCGAGCUGUACGUCGUCUGCGCACAGCCUGUGAGCGGGCCAAGCGCACCCUCUCCAGCAGCACCCAGGCCAGCAUUGAGAUUGACUCUCUCUACGAGGGCACAGAUUUUUACACUUCCAUCACCAGGGCUCGUUUUGAGGAGCUCAAUGCAGACCUGUUUCGUGGUACACUGGAGCCUGUGGAGAAAGCCCUGAGAGAUGCCAAGAUUGAUAAGAGCCAGAUCCAUGACAUUGUCCUGGUGGGUGGCUCCACACGUAUCCCAAAGAUUCAAAAGCUGCUGCAAGACUUCUUCAAUGGACGCGACCUGAACAAGAGCAUCAACCCUGACGAGGCUGUAGCCUAUGGAGCAGCUGUGCAAGCAGCCAUCUUGGCUGGUGAUAAGUCUGAGAAUGUACAGGACCUGCUCCUGCUGGAUGUCACACCCCUCUCCCUGGGAAUUGAGACUGCUGGAGGUGUCAUGACUGUCCUUAUCAAAAGGAACACCACCAUCCCAACCAAGCAGACCCAGACCUUUACCACCUAUUCAGACAACCAGCCUGGUGUGCUCAUUCAGGUUUAUGAAGGAGAGAGAGCAAUGACUAAGGACAAUAACAUCCUUGGCAAGUUUGAGCUGACCGGUAUUCCACCUGCUCCUAGAGGGGUUCCUCAGAUUGAGGUGACCUUUGACAUUGAUGCCAAUGGCAUUCUCAAUGUGUCUGCAGUGGACAAAAGCACUGGGAAGGAGAAUAAGAUCACCAUUACCAACGACAAAGGGCGACUGAGUAAGGAGGAUAUUGAGCAAAUGGUGCAGGAAGCAGAGCGUUUCAGGGCUGAAGAUGAGGCAGUGAGAGACAAGGUCACAGCGAAAAACUCCCUGGAGUCUCUGGCCUUCAACAUGAAGAGCACCGUGGAGGACGAGAAACUUCAAGACAAGAUCAGCCCUGAGGAUAAGAAGACCAUUGUAGACAAGUGCAAUGAAGUCAUUUCCUGGCUCGACAGAAACCAGACGGCGGAGAAGGAUGAGUAUGAUCACCAGCAGAAGGAACUAGAGAAGGUUUGCAAUCCCAUCAUCUCCAAGCUGUACCAAGGAGGGAUGCCUGGAGGAAUGCCAGGAGGGAUGCCCGGCGGCUUCCCUGGCGGAGCUGGAGGUGGAUCUUCCUCCGGCCCAACUAUUGAGGAGGUCGACUAAACCUUUUGCUGACGGCAGACUCCAAAUUCACUCACUAGCUUUGAGUUAACUACUAAACCAGAAUACACAAAAGUCAUGUUAUCUACACUCUACUUCCUGUUCUAGUGUUGGGGUUGGCGCCUUCAUGUCUCAUAAUUUAACAAUAGGCUACUUUAGCUUUAUGAUUUCAAAAUAUAAGGAACUAAAUCUAACCUAUGAGACACAUAAAUGCAUGCUAUCAGGUCAAUUCCUUAUUUUUCAUUUCCCCAGUGAUGAUUUGCAGAAACAAUAAAAGAUCAUCUCCUGUUAUUUCAUCCAACACAUGAAGUCAAUAAAGCUCAUUGCUGUGUUUCUGGC